AUGAAAAGACAGUGGCGAUCAAGCACAGGAUGCCUUAUCUUGACUUUUAUCGGAGUACUCACGUGGGUAUUCUCUACCAGAGUUUUCAUUUUGAAAGUGUCACAGAAAUAUGUUCAGAAAUCUGGAUUGACAAACUCACAAGCUAGACAUUAUUUGUUACACCCACAAGGGACGCUGAGUAAUAAAGAAAAUAGGGAUAGGCGCUAUUCACAAGUGAAAGAGGAUAAGGUAGUUUAUGAAAUUCUUCACAAAGAAAGGGGAUUCUUUGUUGACAUUGGUGCACACGAUGGCCAGUUUUUAUCCAACACACUUUGGCUAGAGAGACGACACAGUUGGACUGGUCUCCUGAUAGAAGCAAACCCUGAACUCUGUCACAAAAUAGAUAAAUUAAAAAGAAAUGCAUGGAGAUUAUGUGCUUGUUUAUCAGGUACUCAAAGGGACGUCUCAUUCAUCACAGGAGGUGGUGUAGGUGGCAUUGCAAGCCACAUUGAUCAGCAUCACAUGAAAAUGUUAGAACAGAAAAACAAAAUAACUGUACCUUGCUUCAAUUUGGAGCAGAUUUUAAACAUUAUAGGAGUCUAUCAUAUUGAUUUUUAUUCACUAGACAUUAAAGGGGCAGAAAUACCUGUCCUUGAAUCCAUGAAAUCAGGACUCAAGUCAGGUGUCUUCACAGUUGAUGUUUGGGCCAUUGAAUAUAGAGUGUGGGAUGGUCAAAAGAUAGCGGUUGAGAAAUCAAAGAAGAAUUUGAAAAACUUAAGGGACUAUUUCAAACACAUUGGGGGAUAUUUUGAACAUUCACAACUAUCUACAAAUGGUAAUAAAAAAGAUGGAUAUGCACUUGAUGUAGUGUUUGUUCGUAUUACGACGUGGUGUAAAACGAGAGAAAGUUUCCCAAACGGGACAAACUGCCCAGGAAAGGAGCAAGUCUACCACAUCAACGAAUAUCUUAAAGCUCCUCAUCCUUACCGAAAAGUAGAGAAUGCAGACCAGUUGUAUUCACAAGCCAAGCAAGACCAAGUUGUUUAUGAAAUUGUUAAAAAAGAUGGAGGAUUUUUCGUUGACAUUGGCGCUCACGACGGACAAUUCUUAUCCAAUACAUUAUGGUUGGAACGAAAACACAACUGGACGGGACUUCUUAUUGAAGCCAAUCCAGAUCUCUGUCAAAGAAUAGAUCAGAUCAGACGCCAUUCCUGGAGAAUGUGUGCAUGUCUAUCUAAUACACAGAAAAAGGUCUCAUUCAUUAAAGGGGAUACCGUGGGUGGAGUUGAACAACACAUUGACCAACAUCAUAUCAAGAUGUUGAACAAACAAAAUAAAGUAGUUGUUCCCUGUUUUAGUUUGGAAGAAGCGUUGAAUACAAUUAAAAUCUCCCAUAUUGAUUUCUAUUCACUGGAUGUUGAAGGCGCGGAGUUGGCGAUACUGGAAUCGCUUAAGGGUGGACUCAAAUCAAAGCGUUUUAUAGUAGACGUGUGGACGAUUGAAUACAGAGUCUGGGACGGCCGAAGAGUGGUUGUGGAUAAGUCGUUAGAAAAUCUAAAUGCAUUAAGAAAAUAUUUCCAAGAUAUCGGUGGUUACAAUGAACAUUCCCAGCUAUCGAACGAUGGUAAUUUUAAAGAUGGGCAUGCCCUAGAUGUAGUUUUUGUACGUAAUGAGAUGUGGUGUAAAUCCCACGACAAAUUACCAAAUGGUGCAUCAUGUUCAAAAUAUGGCUGA